CUGUCUAGAGAUGUAGACAAUAGAAGCUACGUUUUUAAUGGCUAACAAGACUUUCUGUUUUAGCAUGUUAAUGCAUUGUGCAAGAGGGCUAGUGCCAAGUUAUCGGCUUUAAGACGAAUAUCUAUAUUUAUGUCAUUUGAUAAACGUAUUAUAACGAAUUCGUUUGUAGCGUCAGAAACCAGAUAAUGUUCUUCUAUUUGGUCUUUUACUAAUAGGUCAUCUCUCGCAAAACGAGUGCAUAGCAGCGCCUUUGAAUUGUGUUAUGAUCCCACACAAGAGAGAUUGGUUAACUCGCAAGGAACCAAACAAUUUGUCGAGAUAGAGAAAGUUCGAGAUAAAGAAAGGAAAAUACCUUAGGCGGACCACAAAGUGACCGAGACUUUAGUUAUUUAUUAUGUCCAACCUCGUCUCCAGGGCUCGUAUAGGCCUAGGAUAGUCUGACGUAACGGCAGAAAAGCCCUGGAGAUGAGGUAUUGUAUCCCAAUUUUAUUUAAACAAUAUUACUGCCUGUAUUGCGCUCAAAGUGUUUUUUUAUAAAUAGUUUAUUCAUAAAUCUUACGGACUCUUGCAAAAUCCACCAGAUUUGUUUAUUUUAAGAUCUAAAUUUUAAUUUGUAUCUUUUAUCUCUUUCAUUUGUUUUCUUCAUUUUACCUGUUGACAUACCGCGCUUUCCUGGUGAGAUAGAUAUCCCUAGUUGAAAAGAAGAAAUAUAGCCGCGGAGAGGUGUUGUGGGUUCUGCAGUCCUGAAUAUUAAGCUACGGGUUCUGAACUGAAUGAGCAAGACAAUCAACAAAAUGGCCAUGUGCUAAGGUUUUCAUCAUCUCUUUUUGAUGUUUUUAUCUGAUCUGAUGUGAUUUUUUUGUAUUUGUUUAAAGUCGUAGCUAGAACUAUCUAUAAUACCCUGUUAUUUUAUAGUCUUGUAGUUCCUCUUGGUAUGUAAAAGAAUAAGACUUAAGUGGAUGGGCUUUCAAAUUUGAUGUUUCUUCCCUGAAAAUUCUUGGAUUCGAGUUAACAUGUUUGAAAUUUUCUGAUCAUUCUAACAUAUUUAAAUUCGGCGCCUAAUUUAUGGAAACAUGCAAAUUUUCACGUUUAUACACUAAGUAUAUAUAGCUAUACAACUGUCUUUAUUUUAAUAGCCGAACAUUUGAUGUUUUAUAAAAAGAAAUUUUAAAAAAAGAAAGUGAAAAUGCUUCAUCAUCCCCCUUUCCCCAACCUCAGUUGUCUUAACAUAAAACAAGAGAAAUUUACUUCUAUGCACACCAUGUUAUUUUGUUGUUGCUUCAGAACCAUAAGUAGCAAUUAUUAACUUUUAAACUUUAUUACAGCCUUGCACCUUUUCAAAAAAAGCACUUCUUAGGGGCCGUCAACAAACAGUUUUCAUCUCCGUAACAGCAAAUUGGCUGUUAGGGGGGGGAGGGGGUAAUGCAUUGUCCGUUAAAAAUAUAAAAUGGAGACUAAUUUCACUUUCUCACCUUUUUUGUUUCUUUUAGGGAAAAUGAAAAAAAAUUCAACAAAUUAAAAAAUGUUUCCACAGUAAAAAUCCGCCAUAAUCUAAAAUUGGUUGUUAAAAAAUGUAUCUCGUGUUCGUAUAAGUCUCCACAAAGAUUGUUCCGUAAAGUGCGGAGGGGAGCAAAAUUCUAUUUAACGGCAAAUUUGCCGUUAACGGAGACGAAAACUUACGAAGAGGGUGCCAAUAAGCCGCAAACGCCCACCUAUAUACGGGCGAGUUUGGGCGACUUUUCGAAUAAAAUUGGCGGUUGUCCCCUGAAACCUCCUGCACUUUCUUGAACUCGCCUGGGACAUUCCUGAAAUGCAAUUCCUUGUAACAAACCAUGUGGACGAUAGUUGGGAAGAAGGCGCUUGAAGAGAAAGAAAAAUCCUCACUGUGCUUGCUAUUCCAUUUGUGAUCUGUUACGUAGACGAUUUCUUCCUUUGUGGGAGGUCUGCAGCAGAAGUAAAUAGUUACUUAGAAUCCAUUCAGUCGAUGUGCGCUAAACUAGGUGUCCCUAUUGUAGAGAACAAAACCGCAGGACCUUCACAAACUUUAACCUACCUGGGCAUUGAGAUUGACUCUCAGCAACGGAUCAUUCGCUUGCCAGCAAAUAAGUACAGGGAGUUACACAAAGCUUUAUUGGCUUGGUCUGGUAGGAAGAAGUGCACUAAACGAGAAUUGCUUACCUUGAUUGGCUCUUUAUCUUUCGCUGCGAAAGUGGUAGAACCAGGCAGAAUGUUUCUCCGCAGGUUAAUUGAUUUGUCUACCACAGUUACAUCACUCAAUCAUCAUAUUACAUUAAAUGGGGAGGCACGCUUAGACAUUCAAUGAUGGGUGGAUUUUUGACCUAGGUGGACCUUUGACCUAGGUCUGUUUCAUUCAAGGCGACCCAAUCACAGCCGAUUCACUUAGCCUCUUUAAGGAUGCAUCAACGGUAGGAUUUGGUACUGUUUUUCGCAAUAGUUGGUUUUGUGCUCCAUGGCCCCCAACAUUUCAUUCUUUUCGUAUUAAUAUAUUGGAGCUUUUCGCAAUUGUAGCAGCGGUUAGGACGUGGGUUGUGAAUGGCGCAAUCUGCAGAUCAUCAUGUGUGGCACUCAGGCACAUCGCAGGAUAAACAAAUUAUGUAGUCAGUGCAUCUAAUCGUUGCGCACCGCGAAUCGUUGCGCAGGGAAGAAUAUUCACCAAUUGCAUGGAUCCCCUGCACCUAUAAAAGCUGUUUAUGAUAUAAAACAAAGUGAAAAUGAUCUGGCUUUGAAAAUAAUACAAUUUCAACACUUAACAAACCGGCAUACUUUCAGAAAAACAAUAUUUAGUACUUGAAAUGAAGAAGUGAUUAAAUAAAUACUUCCACGUGGUCCCACGAAACUUUGUCAACUAGCUUCGUCGGCCGCCAUCUUUAAAAUGUUUUUUUGUUGAAAUGACGCAACAUAGUCUCGAUUACCCAUGUAAAUAGUUAUUUUCAUGUAAACCUGUGGCCGAAUUGAGAAAACUGCUGCGCAAUAAUUCGCGUCACAAUCCGCUUGGGGGUCAUAUUUUAUUGCGCACACUUACGCAACAUCCUACCAAUAGGGUUUGCUAUAUAAAUAGUUUCGAAUGGCGCCUUUUUUUUGAAUUCGAAAUUGAGCAUGAAUGCAUCAGAUUCAUUCCUAAACAAAAACAGUUCAGGUACAGACGUGUUUUUAAAGUUGUUAGUCAUUUUAAACGUAUACAAGGAAUUUAAUUGGUAUUUUAAUUACAAACAUGCCAAAUAACAAAGUUAAGAGAAAGAUUGAGACUCCGUGGACAGAGGAUGAUAUGCAGAAAGCAUUGGCGUUAUAUAAGUCUUCAACUUCUUCACUCCGUUCUAUUGCGAAAGAGGUAUAUAAACAUAACCUUCGUCAAAAGUACGGGGGUGCAAGUUUGAUAAUAGGGCAAUAAGUUUCAUUAUUUCUCCUUGUUUUUUUUAUUUUAUAUAAAUUUCUUUUUAGUGUAAAGUUGCUGAAUCUUCGCUUCGCUUUCGCUUAAAGAAGGUAGAUGAAGGAAGGUCACUUUCCAAAGCUGGUCGAAAAUGUGUGUUUAGUGAGCAGGAGGAGAUCGAAUUGAGAAAGUGUAUCGCUAUAGUUUGUGAAAACGGAUUCAGUCCAACAUUAGUGGAGAUACGAGAGUUAGUGAAGCAGUACGUGACUGUCAAUGACAUCAACACACCAUUCGUGUCAAAUCGCCCUGGAAGGACUUGGAUGAAGUUAUUUAUGAAGAGGAAUCGACUUUCUCUGAAAAAAGCAUCAAUGAUUUGCAUUUCGAGAAAGUCAAAUACUGCCAACCCUUUCGUAAUUUACGAUUUUUACGACAAGCUAGAGGGGAUUUUGAAAGCAAAUCCUGGAAUAAAGCCAGAAAAUAUUUGGAACUGUGAUGAGUCUGGAUUUCCUACCGACCCCGCAAAAUCGAAGGUAAGGUUUGACUUAGUAAUUAUUCUUUGUCUUAAUGCAACGACUUUUCAUAACUUCCCUUCUGAGUAUUAACAGGGUAUAUAUAUAUUAUUUCAAUAUGCUUCCUCUUUAGGUGAUAGGUCCAACAAACCAACCAGCGUUUAAGCUAUCAUUUGGGGCCAGGAGGGAAAAUAUAACAACGAUGGCUGUAUGCAACGCUGCUGGUAAAGUUCUUGACCCUUUUAUCAUAUUUCAAGGUAAAAACUUUCAGUCAACUUGGAGAGGCGAAAAUGGUCUACCAAAUACAUUUUACGCUGUCACACCAAAUGGAUGGAUGAAUACAAUCACGUUCGCAGAUUGGUUUGAUAAGUUUUCUGACCAAAAUGCUGCUAGACCAAUGUUGUUGUUUUAUGACGGACACAUGAGUCACAUUUCCAUACCAGUGAUCCAGAAAGCUUUGGAUCAAAAUAUCCUUCUGUUAAAGUUCCCACCACACGUUACGGAUAUACUUCAGCCCCUCGACAAGUGCUGUUUUGGGCCACUAAAACGAUCCUGGGAGAACUUGCUGAACGAAAGAAUUAAUCGUUUUGGAUUGGUGAAAAAGGUCGAUAAACCUGAAUUUGUCAAUCUUUUAGCCACUGUAUGGCAUGAAGGAAUGAACGAGGGAAAUGUAAAGGCAGGUUUCGAAUCCACUGGAAUCUGGCCUCUCAACCGCGAGAAAUACGAUACUUCUCGCUUUGACGUGCGACUUGUCCAUCGCUAUGAUGAGUGGGUUGCUUCGGGAAAACCCUCCCUUGACUGGACAACCUGUAACAGUGGAAAAGACGCACCAAAAGCAGUCAAAAAACCUUUGACAGAUAGUAAUGUAGAGUUCACUGUAGAUAACACAUCAACAGAAACCAAAAUAUCGACACCUAAAGCAAGUGGGUCGAAAAUGUGUAGCAACAAUACUCCUACAAAAAUUCAUUCAUCAGCUAAACAUUUUUCUAAACAAGUGAUGGAUACUAUUGGCCCGUUCCCCUUUGAUGCUCCAUUAGGUUUUCAGUGGGUACCCAACGGCUGGAAGCUUGAACCAGUGUCAUCAACACCAACACCAACUACUGCGCCAAUAGUAAAUAAGUCGUUCGAGGAGCUUUUCUUAAACAAGAUCAAGCCUAUGGAAAAACCUGGUGUGAAAAAAAGACGCAAAAUUAACUUGGCUGCUACUGUAGUUAGCGAUGCAGAACUUCUGCAAGAAAUUAUUAACAAGGAAAGCGAAAAGAAAAACAGUAAAAAAAAAAGUAAAGUUGCUUAAAAAUAAGGAAGGAGAAGAGAAGAAAAUAAGUGGGGCGAAAGUUAGAGGACAAAAGAAAGAUAUAGAAGACCAAGAUGAUGACCAGGAAGAUGAAGAUCAGAAUGAAUUUGAUGGAAAAUUUGACCCAGGGGAGGAAAG